GACAGAUAUGCUUGUUGUGAGGAAAAUGUACCACACCGUCGUCACGUUUGUUGUAUCUGGGGUGUUCCCGCUAUUUUAUGUAGCUCAAGCAGCAAAGCUAACCUAGCUAGCGUGUUGUUGAUUCCUAGUCAGCCUGCUGGGAAGAGGCCGCCCACCUACGAGGCAGAAACCCACAGUAUUAGCCAACUUCCACAAAGGCUAGGCUAACGCUGGCUCCCUCGGACUUUUGCUUCCUCUUCGGCUUGAAGAUAGAAAUAACGUGGGUUGUUAUAGCAGCCGCUAGUUAGCUGUUUUGCUAACAGCACAGUGGAGAAGCUGCGUACUGUCGCGGUGCUGAUUACCGUCCAACCACAAACUCAGGAAUGUCUAAAAGUGAGCCAGAAGAGAUGAUAGAGAUCGAGAUAGAUGAACGGGAGAAACAGGCAUGCCUGGAAGAAGGUGUUGAGGAGCAGACCAUCACUGCGUCAGACUUGAUUCAGCAAGAUAUCGACAUAAACGAACCAAUUGGUAAUCUGAAGAAGCUUUUGGAGCCUCGUAUCCAAAUCUCAUUGGAUGCUUAUGAAAUUUGUUUGCAGGACAUUCAGCUCCACCCUGAUCACAGUCUCUUCGAUCAGGGAGUAAAGACUGAUGGCACAGUGCAGCUCAGCCUGCAGAUAAUAACCAAACCAGGAGAGGAGAGGUUGAACAUCUUGGAGAUUGUAAAGCCAGUAGAAACAGUUGAAGUAGUGAUUGAUCCAGAUGCAGCAGGGGAAGAGGGUGCUCUGGUGGAGGAGGGACAGCUUAUUGCUGUAGAGCGGUCUGCCCUGUCUGAUGAGACCUCAGAGCAGGUUACACGUUGGGCCGCAGCUCUCGAAGGCUACCGGAAAGAGCAAGUCCGCCUGGGCAUACCGUACGACCCUAUGCUCUGGUCUGCUGAUCAGGUGAUCCACUGGGCCGUGUGGGUAAUGAAAGAGUUUAACAUUGAUGAGAUGGAAAUAGGAAGCAUUCACAUCCCAGGGCGAGACCUCUGCACUUUCACUCAGGAGGAGUUCCUUCAGAAAGUGCCCAAUGGAGAGAUACUCUGGAGUCACCUGGAACUCCUUCGCAAAUACGUGUUGGCCAGCCAGGACCAGUCUGGAGGAGACGCCACCGUCACGAUUGAUCAGCCUGUGCAGAUAAUCCCAGCUCAAGUGAGCACACCCACUGCUAUAAAGGUGUUAAAACAGAACCGUGGUCCCAGAGCACCUCGCAUUUCAGGAGGGGAGGAGCGCAGCUCACCUGGGAACCGUACAGGUAACAAUGGUCAGAUCCAGCUGUGGCAGUUUCUGCUCGAGCUGCUGACCGACAAGGACGCAAGAGACUGCAUCUCCUGGGUAGGCGAGGAGGGAGAGUUCAAACUCAAUCAGCCUGAGCUCGUGGCACAGAAAUGGGGCCAACGCAAGAACAAGCCUACCAUGAACUAUGAGAAGCUCAGUCGAGCCCUCAGAUACUACUACGACGGGGACAUGAUCUGCAAGGUGCAGGGCAAGCGCUUUGUUUACAAGUUUGUGUGUGACCUGAGGACUCUGAUUGGCUACAGCGCUGCUGAGCUCAACAGCCUGGUGACCGAGUGCGAGCAGAAGAAACUGGCUCGCAUGCAGAUGCACGGCAUCGGGCAGCCGAUCACUACAGUGACCCUGGCCACCACAACGCUAGACAAGGACAGCUGAAGGUCGUCACAUUAUAGCGCUUGUCAGGUGUUGCGGACAAAACGUGCGCUCCACCGCUGAUGAAAAACGUCUCUCAGACACAGAAAUGCAAAGCUGGUCUCUGAUCAGCGUGGAUUACCACCUUUAUUAUUGUCUUUACAGUUUGAUUCAAGUUAGACUGAGACAGGUGAAGUUUUUUUAGCUUUUCUGUUACUCUAACCAAGAGAAGAGUGUUCAGGAUGAAGGGAGAAUGUCUUUCUGAUUACUGAUUGUUGCGUGCAUGUCACUGAAUGCUUGAGUGUGACUGAAAAAUCCAGUUAAGAGCUUUGUGUUGUGUGUUCCUCGUCUGUAGUUAGGACCAUUUCCACUGUAUAUACCGGUAUUUCAUGUUUUUGAUAGCCACAAGGGCAAGUGUAUUUUCAUAUUUUCCAUUUAUAGAGGACCCGUUUUGUAUUUUAUUUAGUGUUUGUUCCCUGAAUUAUUGGACCCUUUUUGUCCACUGGGGGAAUAAAGUGGCAAGCAUUUUCUUAA